UCCAACCCCUUUAGCUUAUGGCAUGGCUGAACUAUUCAACCGAUGUAUAAGGGAGGGCACCUACCCUAAACCUCUCAAAAUUAGCAAAAUAGCUCCCAUUUUUAAAGGCAAGGGAGUAAAAAGGGAUAUGGACGCCUACAGACCCGUUGCUAUUAUCCCCGCCAUGGCGAAAGUCCUCGAGAACGGUCUCAGCCGUCGCCUAACGAGCUUUCUGGACUCGACCAACGCGCUAUCCGAAAGACAACACGCCUACCGUGCAGGUCGCUCCACAAUCUCAUUAACUCGUGAUGUGGUUAGACGCGUGGUCGAUGCUAGAGAGAAGAAGCAGCAGGUGGCCGUGCUGUGCUGUGACCUGUCCAAGGCUUUCGACGUCGCGGACCACUCAGUUUUGACAAACAAGUUAAAGCACUAUGGGAUCGAUGGUCAGGCACUUUCCUUGUUUGAGAGCCUUCUGCACCACAGGUCUCAAGUUGUGGUCGGAGAUGGUGGACAAGCCAGGUCAGAUCCACUGGAAACUACAAUGGGUGUGGCCCAGGGCUCAUCAGUAUCAAAUAUCCUUUUUUCCUUGUUGCUGAAUGACCUGCCGCAUGCCAUACAGGCAGCUGAGAUCCUAAUGUACGCCGAUGAUAUUGCUGCUAUCAUCACAGCACAAUCAGUGGCCACUCUCGAAGGAAAACUGAAUGACACUGCGGCGCAACUUGCACAUUGGUUUGAUACCAAUGGCCUGGCGUUAAACCUUAAGAAGACCCAUUACCUGGUAUUCGAUCUGUCAGGCCGCAGUCCGAUACCGCUCUGUGUUUCUGUGAAUGGGACCGCCCUAGACCAAUUAAGUACCACUCGAUUUUUAGGGUUCGAAAUAGAUACUUGUCUAAAGUGGGACCAUCACAUUAACAAACUAAGCGCAAGAAUCGGCAGCGCAUGUUUUGCCCUGGGUCGAGUAACCAGGUUGGUGUCGGACGAGGUCGCGCGCUCAUGCUAUUUCGCCACGGUGCACUCGCUGAUCCAAUAUGGCGCGGAGCUCUGGGGACGCUGUGCCGAGUGGGAGAGGGUGUUCCGUCUCCAGAAGCGCGCAAUUAGAAUAAUUGCCCGCGUGCCACACAACACUCCCGCAAGAUCCCUCUUUAUAAAAAUGGGAAUACUGACCUUACCGGCUAUAGUGAUCAUGCAGGUGGCUGUGUAUGUGAGGUCGAACCUUACAGCUUACAAGACUCACAGCAUGAUACACGGGUACAACACGCGGAACGCCCACAAGCUCGCCGGCGUGAGCCGCAAACUGGCCAGGUCGGCCAAGCUCACCCAUGUCAUGGGGCCCGCCGUUUACAACAACUUACCUGACACCAUCACUAGCGCCCAAAGUUUAAGCAGUUUUAAAUGUCGCCUAAGACGCUGGCUUGUUGAGCACCCGUUUUAUGAUUAUAACGAGUACUUAAAUUAUCACGUAAAGGAUAGUACGUAGCUUAUUAAAAGUUUAUACUUUAUCAUUAAAUUGAUUGUAAUUAUUAACGAUAUAUUUAAAUAUAUUAUGUUCUGUAUUAUAACGUGUAAAUCGGCUUUACCAAUAAAUAACUUAUGACUUAUG